AGCCUGGCAUCUUGUCGCUGUGACUGCACUACUGUACGAGUACGUGGCUACAGUACGGGCCGCACAGUUGCCAGUCAUGGACGUGGCGGCCUCCACGGGCGUGGCGAGCGGCGACCCUCGCCUCCUCGUCGCCGUUGGUCUCGUCACCGUUUUUUUGCUCGCCUCGGUCCUUGCUGCUGUCCGGUCGAGGCGUGGUCAGGGCGGCGCGCCGAGCCCGCCGGCGCUCCCGCUGCUCGGGCACCUCCACCUGCUCGGCAAGCCGCUGCACCGCUCGCUGGCUGCGCUCGCCGGGGGCGCACCGCUCCUGUCCCUACGCCUGGGCGCGCGGCGCGCGCUGCUCGUGUCCACGCACGCCGCGGCCGAGGAGUGCUUCACCGCGCACGACGCCGCGCUGGCGGGCCGACCGCUGCUGCUCGCGGGCGAGCGGCUCGGGUACGGGUACACCACGGUCGUGUGGGCGUCCCACGGCGACCACUGGCGUGGCCUCCGCCGGUUCCUCGCCGUCGAGCUCUUCUCGGCGUCCCGCCUCGCCGCGCGCGCCGCAGACCGCUGCGCAGAGGUCGCCGCGAUCGUCGAGAACCUGCUCCGCGACGCCGACGGAGGUGGCUCCCUCGCCGCAGUGGCCCUCCGCCCCAGGCUCUUCGAGCUGGUGCUCAACGUGAUGCUGCGCUCUGUGACCGGCGCGCGUGGCCACGCCGGCGACGUGCGCAGGUUCCAAAAGAUCGUCGAGGAGACCUUCACGGUGAGCGGCGCGCCCAGCACCGGGGACUUCUACCCGGCGCUGCGGUGGGUCGACCGGCUACGCGGCGUCGAUGCAGCGCUAGCGCGUCUGCAAACCAGACGCGACGCGUUCGUCGGCGGCCUCAUCGAUGACAAACGGCUAAGGCGUGAAGCCGGUGACCGAGACACGGAGAACAAAGGCGCCAUUGACGCGCUCCUGUUGCAGCAAGAGAUCGAUCCCGACCACUUCACUGACACCGUCAUCAAAGGCAUUGCCUUGGUACUACUCACCACUGGAACCGACACAUCGGCGCUGACCACGGAGUGGGCAAUGGCGCUGCUGCUGACACACCCGGAAGCAAUGCGGAAGGCGAGGGCCGAGGUCGACGCUAAUGUCGGCCCGGCCCGGCUGGUGGAGGAGUCCGACAUCACAAACCUUCCAUAUUUGCAAUGCGUCGUCAAGGAGACCCUCAGGCUCUGCCCCGUCGGCCCGAUUAUCCCGGCGCACGAGGCCAUGGAGGACUGCACCGUCGGCGGGUUCCACGUCCGGCGCGGCACGAUGAUCCUCGUGAACGCUUGGGCGAUCCACCGGGACGCCAAAGUCUGGGACGCGCCCGAGGAGUUCAGGCCGGAGCGGUUCCUGGACGCCGGCACGGUGACCGCGGCAGUCAGCGCUCCCAUGCUGCCAUUCGGCCUUGGACGGAGGCGGUGCCCCGGGGAGGGCCUGGCGAUGCGUCUUGUUACCUUGACGCUGGCGGCGCUCGUGCAGUGCUUUGAGUGGGAUGUCGGUGACGGUGGCACCGUUGACAUGGCCGAAGGUGGCGGGCUCACGAUGCCGAUGGCGACGCCGUUGGCAGCUGUCUGCCGGCCCCGGGAGUUUGUCAAGAGCAUGAUCUCUGCUUCAACAUGAUGAACCGAACUCAGGCUUCUGAAGGAAAAACAAAAUUGGAUAAUACUGGAUCAUGUUUGUUUCAGUAUGCUACUAGUAAUACUGGAUCAUGUAUGUUUGUUUCAACCGUGGUUUUUAAAAAAGCUGUUUUUUUUAUUAUGAAUUUUAAAAAGCUGAUUCUAAGUUGAUUGUGA